GUCCCGCCGCCAUGGUGCCGGCGAGGCGGCCGGGCGGGCCGAGCCGCCGGGCGGGCGGCGGGCGGGGCUUGGCCACCGCCGCCGAGGCGGAGCGGCCCCACGGGUGCGAGCAGUGCGGGAAGGCGUUCGCGCAGGCCGGCGCCCUGGCCAAGCACCGCCGGGUGCACACCGGGGAAAAGCCGUACCGCUGCCCUGUGUGCGCCAAGGCCUUCGCCCUCUCCUCGGGGCUGGUCCUCCACAAGCGCACCCACACCGGGGAGCGGCCCCACGGCUGCCCGCUCUGCGGCAAGGCCUUCAUCUCCUCCUCGCACCUGGCCCUCCACCUGCGCUCCCACACGGGCGAGCGCAAGUACCAGUGCCCCGUCUGCGGGAAGCUUUUCCUCCAGUCCUCCCACCUGGCGCGCCACAAGGCCAUCCACACUGGCGAGCGGCCCUUCAAGUGCGAGGACUGCGGGAAGCUCUUCGGGCGCGCCUCGCACCUCGCCACCCACCGCCGCGUGCACACGGGCGAGAGGCCCUUCAAGUGCUCGCAGUGCGAGAAGGCGUUCACCCAGAAGGCCGGGCUGGUGCUUCACAUCCGCCUGCACACCGGGGAGCGGCCCUACCACUGCGAGAAGUGCGGGAAGAGGUUCCGCUCCUCUGCCCACCUCGUGUCCCACCAGCUGCUGGAGUCGGGCGAGAGGAACUUCAAGUGCUCCACCUGCGGGAAGGCCUUCAAGCAAGCGUCGUCCCUCAAGCAGCACCUGAAGACCCAUGAGGCACGCGAACCUCACUGCUGCUCCGUCUGCGGCCGAGCCUUUUCCAGGUCGUCCUACCUCCAGCUUCACAUGAGGACACACAGCGGGGAACGGCCGUACCAUUGUUUGGUUUGCAACCGGACGUACGCCAAGAUUUCUACCUUUGAAAAACACUGUAAAAAGCACCAGCAGGACGAGGAGGGACCUGAUGCUAGGCGCAGGCCAAUGACCACCAGGGCAAAAGCACUAGCCGAAAAGAAAAAGCAGGAGCAGAAGGAGCAACACUGAGAUGACCUCCUCGAGCAACCUCACCAGGCUGACCCAAAGCGGCAGCAGGUGGAAAGGCUGUAAAAGUCACUAAAAUAAGAACCAUUCCUGGCCCUCCGCAACAUGGCUUUUGGGAGGUAGAGUGUCUGGUUUAAUUUUUACCAAAAGAAAAUGACAUGCUGCACCAGCGUUGCUGCAGAGAGUGUUUCCAAAUGGAAUUCUUUCUCUGACGCAAGGUUCAAUGCAAGCGCUUCUCUGGGGCGCAGCAGAUAUGUAAAAAGUCUACUGAGGCUUCCGCAGUCGGGACGGUGUGUGGAACACUGGCUGGUUACAGGGGGAUCCCACCCCACUUCGUGGGCCUGGGUGGUUUUGUUCCAUGUCAGCAGCAUUUUCUAACACAGACUUCCAGGGGUUCCGGACCAAAGCACCUGCAUUUACCCAGAUUGAAAGAAGGAUGCUUCUUUGAAUGGGGAAAUAAAUUAAGUUGUAGCCUCUUAAGUGGAGGCAAAGUUUUUGUUGAAGAGGCAAGAGAGGUGGUGCACUUACAGAAAACAGAUUUGUACCAGCAGUGGAUUUAGGAAACAAGUAGGAAUUUAUCCUGCAAAACGUGAUGCAUUUUUAAAAGCACUGUAUAUAGCGAUAGUAUCUUUAAGCCUUUUCUGUUUUCUCGCUGUUAAUUACAACAAGGUGUUGUACUUAGCAUGCAGAUAAUGCUGUGUAUUAAGUGCAUUUAAAGCAUGGUAGGUUUUAUUGCCAAAGCAACUUAACUUGCCUUUCUCAAAACUAAUGAAGACAGGUUGUCAGAAAUCUGUAAUUUCAUCUUAAAUUGAUUGAGUUUGACACCUGAAAUCCCAGCUUGUAGUAAAGGUACAAGAAUUUUUUUUUACCUUACCAUUUGGGAAUGUAAAGGGUAGUAACGAGGGAAUUCUAAGCCCCGUCUCCUCCUGAAUGAACAAAUCUUAGGUGGUUUGCCGGCCAGUCACCACGCAUGUUGCUGUGGAAGCGGAAUGUUUCAGAUUUGUUCAGGGGUGUGAGGUCAGACACCAGUGAGUACUAAAUAACUUCAUAAACGUUCAUAAAACUGCCUUUACUGCAGCAGUGUUCUUCGUGAGCCAGCACUUUGUACUGACUUUUUAUAAGCUUUGUGUUAUUCUAGCCACAGUACUACAAGGCUACUUUACACAUUUAGUUACCGUGUAUUGUUACCCAGGAUUUUAUUACAGCGGCGAAAAGGAAGCAGUGAGUUCAUUUUUUAAGAGCACAUUCCUAAUUUUUUGUACCAAGUCCCUGAUUUUUUGAAUCCUAUUUCCUUGCCAUUGUGUGAAAACACGUAUUAUGCACUUUAAGGAUCUUUUUGAAUAGGCUUCGGUUCCUAUAGCAUAGUCACAACUUUGUUUUAAGGCCUAAAAAGGAAUUUUCCGAAAGCUUGCACGUUUAAAGUAUUGCAGUGUGUCAGGCCAGAAAUCAUGUUAGUAGAUAAUAGAGCUGGAUUACAUCUAUGAACUAUUUUACAGUUUACGAAACUCCAUUAAAUAAUUCUCAAACUUUUUGCACUUCGGGAUUUACCUGAUGCUGGGUAUAUUAAGGUACUCUUAUUGUUGAACUGAUGUUUAUAUUCAGCUGGUUAAUAUACUUUAAAUAUUUACAUGUUCAGAUAUUUCAAAUGAGAUGUUUCUAAGCCAGAGUUUCUUGUCAUGAGGAAUUCUAACAUAAAUUUUCACUACAGUCUUUAGAUUUUGUUUUGUGACCAAUCGUGUUGUUUAGGAGGAGCUAGACACACUGGGUUUUAUCUCCAGGUCGGUUAUAUCAGUGCCAUAUAAGCAGAGCUCUAUCUGGUUUUGUAUUUCAAUACAUGUUAUUAAAAUAAUACACACCAC